GCGGGGCUGAACUGCUGACCUCCUGACCGGAAGUCCUUUGACAGAGCGGGCAAGAUGGCGGCGCCCAUGGCGAGGGCUGCGUGAGGGAGGCCCGGGGACAAUUGUCAAUCGUCGCCGCCGACAGAGGGGAUGCAGGGGAGGAGCCUGCCUGCGAUUGCCAGACUCUGCCGACUGGCUAAUCAUGGCCGUACCUUCCACUGCGGCCGCGCGGCGCGGGAGUCGUGCUCCGCUCCGCAGACGGACACAGAGGCCAGGAAACCGCUGCCCGUGUUCCGGACCGACCAGUCGGAUCCCGGGCUACACACGGACCGCCACGCUGGGCUCCACUACAACAUCCCCCCCGAGGACCUGAAGACCACCUUCCCUCACGGACUCACUCGACGCUUCCAGAGACAGAUCAAGACCUUCGGGGAGGCGUGUGUCAUGGUUCGGGAGCCCAGCUUGGAGUUGGUCAGUUAUUUGAAGGUGGCCAAUUAUUCCCACCCUGUUGUUCGUUACGUCAUCUAUGGUGAGAAGGGCAGUGGGAAGACGCUGACUCUGUGCCACGUUGUCCAUUAUUGUGCCCGCAGGGCAUGGUUAAUCCUCCACGUACCUGACGCCUACCUAUGGGUGAAACACUGCUCCGAGCUGCUGCCGUCCACAUACAACCCCGCUCGCCUGGACCAGCCCCUCCAGGCAUCCACCUGGCUCAAAAACCUCCGCAUCACCAACGAACCGUACCUAGCUCAGCUGAAAACACAGCAGAGGUACGUGUGGACCAAGAGGGAGUCCACUGACGAAGGGAGACCCCUGGGUGAACUGGUCGACCAGGGCAUCGCGCGGGUGAAGAGUGCCAGUGAUGUAGUGGGCGCGCUGUUCAAGGAGCUGAAGGCGCAGUGUCGACCAGACACCUACCGCCUCCUGGUGGCUGUCGACGGUGUCAACGCGCUCUGGGGGCCCACCACCAUGAAGAGGGAGGACAAGAGUGAGGCGGGUGGAGCUGUGGUCGCCACCUUGACCCAGACGGGAGCGCUGGGAUCGACCGGCCUGUCUCACCAUCCACACCAGCUGCUGCGCAAGGAAGGAUUCGAUCACCUCGACCCCUUUGUUCCAGUUCAAGUGGAGAAUUACACCCAGAAGGAGUUUGAGAGCUGCUACCAGUAUUACAUCGACCGCAAGUGGCUUCAGCACGACAAAGCUCUCACGGAGGAGGGGAAGCAGGAGCUGAUGUUCCUCAGCAACUCCAACCCAGGGACCUUCGACAGACUGUGCGGCCCCCCUCUGAGCACUGGAGCCUUUUGUCCCCCCCCCCCCCCCCCCCCCCCUCAUCUGGAGGAAGGACAUUGGAAGAAAGUCUCCCCCUCUCCUCCUUGUUCCCAGCUCCACCACAUUCUAAUCCAGCAUCUUGCUGCAGAACCAUCCGGUGGCAAAUCUGGGAUUCAGCUCUUCCGAGCUCAGCCUCCACUCCCCCCAGCUGCUCCUGGUUUUCCUGGAGGCCGGAUUGAUUCUGGGAAAACUCUGCACCAAGUUGAACAGAACAACUGUCGAGAACAUUGAUUUAAUUUGGGAAACCGUUGAACUGAUGAUUUAGCCUGAAACUUGCGGUAUUACAUACGUCCAACAUUCUU